AUGUCUCGCUACCUCCUCCCAGUUCUGGCAGCUACGGCGGUCCUAGCCAAGACGGACCUCACGGGCUGCACCUCUCUCACAUACACCUACCCAGGACCCUCUGGCGACUCCAUCAAGACAGUCAUCCACUACGUCCCCGAAACCCACGAAAUCUGCACCCCGCUCGACUGCGGAAGUACGGACCCGGCGUCCGGCAAGAAAAUCCCGGGCUGCCCGGGCUACUCCGGUACCGAGACCAUCACCAAGAGCUUCUUCUCCAGCUGCGCAACCGUCAAACCGCCCACAAUCACGGUCACCCAGACCCUUGCGACCCCCGGGUCGAAUAGCGGAGUCGGCAGCACGACGGUGACGGUCACGCCCCCUACCACGACGAGCACCAUUAUCAAAACCGUUACUACGUCGGUGACGUCGCCAUUGUCGUCGCUGACGCCGUCGGUGGUCACGACUAGGACGGGCGUCGCCGGUAGUACCUUGAUCACGUCGACGGAGGGUGAGGCUGUGCCGACUGGGACGGGAAGCGGAGUGGAACCUUCGUCGAGUACGGUUCCGGCUGGGGCGGGAUCGACCGUUCGGGCGGGGAUGGCGGCAGUUCUCGGUGUCGCGGCGGCUGUUGUCGUGUUCGCUUGA